AUAGGAGGUUAGGUGAUAAGAUGGGACCUACAUAAAACCCACCCUGGCAUCCCACAUAGGCUGGGAAUCCACUCCGAUCAUUCAGACAUGGCAAGUAAGAAGGCCUCCAAUAAGAGACAGAGGGGAGGACAGAAGUCUUGCUCCAAUGUCUUCUCCAUGUUUGAGCAGUCCCAGAUACAGGAGUUCAAGGAGGCCUUUGGAUGCAUUGACCAAGACAGAGAUGGUGUUAUCAAAAAACAGGACCUGAAGGAGACCUAUGGACAGCUGGGGAAGCUCAACGUCAAAGACGAGGAGUUGGACGAGAUGUUGAAUGAGGGGAAGGGUCCCAUCAACUUCACGGUGUUUCUCACUCUUUUUGGGGAGAAACUCAACGGCACUGAUCCUGAAGACACCAUACUUGCUGCCUUCAAACUGUUUGAUCCCAACGGGACGGGCUUUGUUAACAAGGACGAGUUUAAGCGGUUACUGAUGAACCAGGCCGAUAAAUUCACAGCAGAUGAGGUGGAUCAGGCCUUUGCUCUUGCUCCCAUCGACCCGACUGACAUCGACUACAAGUCCCUCUGCUACACCAUCACGCACGGAGAUGAGAAGGAAGAAUCCUAGCAAGAGUUUUAAACUGGCUGGUAAUCAAUCAGAAUCAUCAAUGUUGGAACGUCUGAUUCACUCAUACUCUGAUCAAUGGUUGUAAAUGCUGUACUUUUGAAAUGAAAUGGUUUCCUUUGUUUCUUAGAUUUGGAGAAUAAAUAAGUUUCUCAAAAGCGACUGUUGAUUACGAGCAAUAGACACUGUACAUGGAAUACUAAAAUGCAUCACCAUUAAUGAAUAAAUAAAGAAAUAAGUCUGGAAAUAUGUAACUUGAGUAAGAGUCAAAUAUUCACUUUAGACAACUGUUUAAGGACAGGAGAGAAUUACAUGUUUUCCCUCUGUUCACUGAGAAAUGAUCACAGCCCUGGUGAAACCCCAAGUGACCAAGUGAAUAAACUCCAGAAUGAAUGCUCA